GCUUUCCUGAAACUCCUAGGCUGUCGAUUGUAGAUGUCUCCUGAUGCCGGACCUAGAGGGGGAGGUGGUAAUUCGACUUGGUCAACGCUUGCUUCGGCUGCUUGAUGCUUGGAGCGGACACCAGGAUCGCUCUUGCGCUUUCUUCGACUCCGCCCUAAACCUUGCUUCUCAACGAGAAGACACACUGCCCUUUCUGCUCCCACAGGAAACUGAGAUAGAUGGGUGGAUCAACCCAAUCACAACGCCAGCUAUUGUAUUAGAGUUUCCAGAUAUUGCGUCGAGACUCUUAGGAAAGCAGACUCGGGCGUUGGAGCGUGCGCUUCACAAACUGCACGGGGAACUGCGCGAUUUUCAGCGGAUUGCACACGAAUUGGAUGGUUUAAAUCGGGAUGCGUUGCGUGAAGUAGGUAUUGCAGAACUGCGGGAAAAGACGGAAGACUCCACCCCAACACAGGUUUCGUUGACGGAGAUGGCGGCAUGGAUAGACCAGCUAUGUCUUUCCUAUAAUAGAGAAUGCGCCAGAAAGGUUGAAGUCCUGAAAUCAAUGGAUUUGAGAGCUGACAGUGGAGACGCAAGAGCGCGAUGGGGACUGUAUUACUGGAUAGAUCUAGAGAAGGAAACCGAGGUCCGCGAUAGGUUGAGAUUGAUGAAAACAAUCGGCUCAUGACAUCCUGCCAGCCUGAUGAACUUGUGAACGAUCGGGAUUUUCAUUGAACGAACCUUGUAUAUAUAUAUAUAUAUAUCAAUUCCGUCUAUAGCAUGAAUUAGCACCAUUCAGCCGUACACCGCAACCCGGCGAAUGAUGAUAUGUACAAUAGAUAAUGCUUCCUAAUUACACGUGUCCAUCCGUUGGCACCCUUCCG